UAUGUGUCUCAGUUCGUGCUUCUAAGUCGAAGCGCUGGCCCUUGACCUUUGGGCUGCGAUCUGGGCGAAACUUCAUGGAGAACGGGAAAAUCGAGGAUCCUGAGGCGCCGGAGGCCAAGCCUGAGGAGAUUGAAGUGUCGGAGAUUUCAGAAGAGGCCUUCUUGGAGCCUUGCGUGCGCGGAAGACUUUGGAAGGAGGCUUUGCUCCUGACGCAGCGACGGGGCCCGGUGGCAUUGGCUCUUGGGCACCUAGCGGCAGUGCUGGGUGCGGUGCUAUUUCAACUGGAGCUUUUGCCAGGUUUGCAGCGAGGCGUCUUCAUGUCGUUUUCCACAUGGUCUUUGGCGUUUGGAGGUGGCGCAGUCGUUCUGGCCCUCUUGAUCUCUAUUCCAUGUGCAUCUUCAUCUGAGCCUGCACCGAUCAGGUCACACUAUCGGGCCCUUUGCGCCAUCAGCAGCUUUUGCACCAUCUUUGCCGGCAUGGUGCCCGUGACGGUUGCUCCUGUUGCUGGAAGCAAGACGACGGCUGUCUUCUAUCUGUUAUUGGCCGGAACCAGCUUCGCCUUCGCCGCCGUGGUGUCCUACCGCAUGUACUUCCGGGUGUCGGACGGCGAGUUCACGUGGCCCUUCAAGGUUGGAGUUUGCUCACCAAUUGGCUGGGCAUUUUUGGAUGUGGCGGCCUCACUCUGGAAAAUCCAGGCGGUGGAGGCCGCCCUGGAAUAUGCCAUCUAUGGAACAACGAUUUGGUUGCUGGCAGCACCCACGUUGAUGGGAUACAUGGUGUGGCUUGCACAACGCUUUCAACAAGGACACGGGUUGCAAGGCACGAUCAUCCGUGAAUGCCUCAUGACCAUGGCGGUGGUCGCUUUGUCUUUGCCUUUGGUGCUGGCCGUGUGUGCUUGCUUCCUUGCGAUCCAAGAACCAAACAUGAGCUUGAAGCCGCUCCAUCGCGCUGCUAUCUUCUCAGCUCUGAUGGUCGUCUUAUGCGUGUCCAAGGUCAUCGCAAGCAAGACUUGUCAAUUGAUCCGGGAAAAAAGAACCUUAGUGAGUUAGGCGUUUCACAGGCAGGCAAACCUGUACGUGCCAGGUUUUUCCGUCCAGUCUACUGGACCCUUAUCGACCUGGCCAUCAGAGGACCAUUGCAGAGCAUUCCAUAGUGGGUAGGGACGUAUGGGAGCCGCACUCACGGUGGAAGAGCCAAGCUUUUUAGGUUGACUAUAUACACUCCCUGAAGUCAUGGCUACGUGGACUUCACCC